UCAUGCCACUUGGGUCAAAAUUAUCCCUGCCCAGGGUUACUUAGUUUAUGUAGACUUGUAUAGGAAAAUGCUUCUAGUCUUCUUUUGUGAAAAUACAUUUCAUGACCUUAGAAAUUUUGCAUCUCGCUUUGCAAAGUGGACAUCUACAAAUAAUGUGAUAAUGUAUAGCUAUAUAGCCUACUGCUCGUUUCGUUAAAUACGAGAAUAGGUUAACAUGUUAAUAACUUCCGGUUUUGACAAAAAAAUGAAAAAAGUGUCAAAUAACUAGUAAGCAGUAGUGGGUUAUGUACAGUAUCGGAAGAAGAAGAAGAAGAAAUACCAGUCAACUCUGUCAUCAACAAUGAUUGGAAGAUAAUUAUUGCAACUACCCCAAUUAGCAACAGCCAGCCUGAUUCACCCAUAAAGAAAAAGUGGGACAUAAUGAAUGGAGUGAAAAUUGUUAGUCAAGUCUGCAUGUCUAUAAAGAUUCAACGCUGGAUUUAAUUCGGAAAUAUAUGCAGUGAACUGUUAACCAAAAAACAAAAAGCAAAACAAAAAAGUUACCAGAGAAUUAAACAAUUGAAAUAAGUAUUCACAGUGGAAAUGAAGUUGUCAGGCAGAAAUACGAGGAUGUUUUUUGUUGUGUGUGCAUUUAUGUGUUUAUGUGGGAGUGUAUGCCAAGCUGUAGCAGCAAAUUGUAACUUGAAUGACAGAGAUGGCCUGCCGAGUGAUGCCUGCACGUUUGAUCUCCGUAUGAAAGGUGCCCACCCACAUGAGCCUGAUGGAUACUUUUGUUCUGGAUAUGAUGUGGAAGAUAUACUUGGUGUACAAGAUCAACAAAGUUCUGAUGGAUACAUAGUGCGUUAUGAGGCUCUAGCGAGUGCGGAUGUUGCUCAUCAUGUUUUAGUGUUCGGCUGCAGAAAUUUACGACGUAACACUGGUGAAGUCUGGAGAUGUGGACAAGUAUGUGAUGGAGAUGAUCAGAUUAUAUUUGCAUGGGCUAAAAAUGCUCCACCAUUAUCUCUUCCAAAAGAUGUUGGUCAACAUAUUGGCAGAACAACUGAUAUCAGACAUAUUGUUAUACAGAUACAUUAUGCCAAUGCUUUAAAUGCAUCUGACAAUUCUGGGAUCAGACUGUAUACUACAAGACAGAGACAACCCUAUGUAUCAGGAAUUUACUUACUACUAGGCUAUGGAAUAACCAUACCAAGAAAUACUGCAAAGUUUCAUGUAGAUUCAUCAUGUAGGUUUAAUUGGGAAGAUGGUAUUGUUCCCUUUGGUUUUAGGACACAUGCUCAUAGCCUUUGUCGUGUUAUAUCGGGUUAUAAAGUAGUAAAUGGUGAAUAUAAGUUGAUUGGCAAGGGAAAUCCACAGUGGCCACAGGCAUUUUACCCAGUUGAGGACAAUAUUAGAAUAAAUCCAGGAGACAUUCUGGCAGCAAGAUGUACCUAUAAUUCUACUGGAAGAUAUAGACCCACAGAAAUAGGGUCAACGGCUAAUGAUGAAAUGUGUAAUUUCUACAUCAUGUAUUACAUGAACAGUUCUAUGGAGAAUUCUGGUAGACAACGUGAAAGUACAUGUUUUCAAAAUGAACAAAGGCAGGUUUUCCGGAACAUUCCAGCUGACUCAGAUGUUCCGUUACCACCAAACCCUGCUUUAGAGGGCACAGCAAUGGGUCACCAUCACCAUGGAAUGGGUGGCAACAACCAUGACGAUACUGACCACACAAAAAUAGAUGAGCCUCCAGUUGUCAACGAGCGUCCCCAAGUGGAUUUACAUGGAAAUCUUCAAAACACAGAUAAAUCCGAGGUAAAACUGAACAAAGAUUUGGACCUACAGUUUAUAUCUGAAGUGAAUGGUGUAAAGAUUGGUCAGGUGGGUGGACUUGCUGUGAACCGUGAUGGAGACCUCUACAUAUUCCAUAGAGGAUCAAAUAUUUGGUCUUCCCUGUCUUUUACACCUAUGAACAGAUAUACACAACAAAAUAUGCCUGUUGAUGUGGACCCUGUAGUUAUACUUGAUAAAGCUGGCUCUCUCAUACGACAUUUUGGUAAAAACAGAUUUUAUCUACCACAUGGGUUGAGUCUAGAUUCCGAUGAGAAUAUAUGGUUGACAGAUGUUGCUAUGCACCAGGUGUUUAGGAUUCCCAAGGGUGAUGAUAAACCUGACAUGACUUUAGGGAUCCGAUUUGAGCCUGGCACCAGUAACAAGCACUUUUGUAAACCAUCUGAUGUGGCAGUUAUGUCAAAUGGGGAAUUCUUUGUCUCUGAUGGUUACUGUAAUAGUAGAAUAAUGAAGUUUGACAAGAAUGGUUACUUCCUGAAACAGUGGGGAUCUCAGAGUUCAUCAUGGGGAUCUGAUGGUUUCCCUCCACCGGGAACAUUUAAUCUACCUCAUGGACUAGCACUAGCAGAAGAUAAAGAUCUCCUAUGUGUGGCAGAUAGGGAGAAUGGUCGUAUACAGUGUUUCAAUCUAGACGGUAACUUUGUACGACAGAUGCACCCAAAAAAGUUUGGACAAUCACUUUAUUCCCUGGAGUACUGUCCAAAUCAUGGUGGAGUAUUAUUUGCUGUAAAUGGUCCCAUAUUUGGUACCAAGUCAGAGGUUACACAGGGGUUCACACUUGAUAUAGACACUGGGACACUUGUGUCAACGUGGAAUUUACCUGGAGAGGGUAUGACUCACCCACAUGAUGUGGCAGUAGAUAGCACAAAUCAUAUGGUAUAUGUAGGUGAACUGAAUCCAAAAAAAGUCUGGAAAUUCCAGAUGUCAAAGAAAUUGUACGAAGCAGACAAGCCGGUAGAAGUCACAAAGCCAUCAGAAGGGCAGGGUAAAUCUCCUGCAAUAACAGGGACCAGUAAGCACGUUUCCAUGGAAACAAGUACGCUUGGUGUUGUCACAAUUGCUAGCACUCCCUCAUAUAGUACUUCUGGUGUUGUAGACAGUAAUUCACACUCUGAUGUAUCAAAUAGUAAUAUUGGUGUUGCUAAUAGUAAUACUGGUGUUGCUAAUAGUAAUAUUGGUGUUGCUAAUAGUAAUAUUGGUGCAGCAAACUCUUAUCAUAGCACAUCAAAACCCAAAAAUAUCAUGACAAGCAGCCAAAAUGUUGUAGACAGCGAACAGAUUGAUGAGCAUCCAGUUAACACAGAUCUCUUCAGUGGUGAUGUCAUCAAUGUUGAGGAGCCUAUGCCAGCUUUACAUAUAAAGAAUGAGGAUGAUAGAGAAGGGUUUGGACCAUCUGUUAUUAUAGGUACAUUAUUGGUGGUCCCUGUUAUACUGCUGGUUGUUAUUACAGUUCUUAUAAGACUGCAUCAUACAGGGCGUUUCAAAAAUUGCCUCCGUCGCUCAGGAAAGAAGUCAGUGUUCAGUCUCGGUAAUUUCUUACAUUCCCACAAAGGAUUUGACAGGUUGAGUACAGAGGAUGACGAUCAUGAUUAUGAUAACGUACUUGACGAUGAUUCUGACAAUGAAAAGUUUAAUAUUGUCAGAAAAGCAUAAUUAAUAUUGAAACUUUGUCAGAAAAGUGAAAAUUUGAAAAGUCGCAAAAAUUGAAUGUUUAUUUAUUUUAUUUGUUUGGAAGUUAAUGGGUACAUGAUAUAUGAAAUAUUACAUGUAUAAGGUUAUUGUUGUAGAUUUGAGAAGUGUUCAGAUGUUAAUUUAUAAAUGGCAAUAAUUCUUUGUAUUAAAGCACAAGUGUGAAUCUUAACAAGAAAGGAGUUUGAAGGAAUUUUUGUACAGAUUUAAAUUCACUUUUUUGUUAACUCUAGCUAUAAUUAUUGAUAAACGUGUAUGUGUUUUAAGGAAAGUUAUUCUGAAGUACCAGAAUUAUAAUGUUUAUGAACUAACUUUUAAUCUGAAUGCUAGACACUUUAUGUAAGCUGUCACGAGAUAUAGCCCUAACCCUUACCUUCCUAAUUCAUCACUCUUUUUGUAAUAUGGAAAAAAUAAUUCUUACUUACAUUAGAGAUUCAAGUUAUGAAUUAUUUCUUUAUUUUUUUCUAGAUACUAGUCAAGAUAUAUUUAUUAUACAUGUAUAUAAUAUGCAUGAAAGGCAAUUGUACAUGAUUUUGUUUACAAAUUUGUGUUAUUUCCAGAACAUAUUUUCCUGAUAUUGAAAAAGUCAACAAAUAUUGUAUCAAUAAUGUAACUUUUGUUAACUAGACAAUUAUUCAGAUAAUUCCUGUUAUAGUUGAUCUCUUAACAAAACCAUAAUGCAUUGUUUGUUCAGAUCAUACACAGUUUUUAUACAGUUACUUUCAUUAAGAGUAAGAUUAAGCCCUGACAAAACAUGGGUUGAUAUAACUAUCAUUUGGUAUAUAUUUAACAAAGAGAAAAUAUUUAUUUUCUAAAGAUUUAUUUAGUAUUUGUUCUCCCUUUUAUUUAUGAAAGGCCAUUGACAGUUAAGUAGGCUCACCAGUAAGUAUUAUAAUGAACAUAUUAAAUAAAUUUUGUUUUCUAUAGUAAGUUGACUGAGGGACAGCAUUUCAUAAACCAGUGUCAUGGCAUGGAAAAUAACUUUUAGAAAAAAUAUGGACAAUAACUUUUCAUAACAAAAAUGGCUCACAAUUCUGGAUCAGUUUAUCCUAAUGACUUGCUUAUUUUGUAAAGAAAACAUUGUACCAAAUUGGCUUUAUUAUCAAAAAUAAAAGUAUAAUGUUACAUUCCAUGUAUAUUAGUUAAUUUUCAUAAUUGGACAUAAUUUAUGUAAGUUUUGGGAUUAAAUCUGGUAGGUCUGUUUGAGACUGCUAUUUCAGUUUGACCGAUAUUAAUGUUCUUUAAUGAAAUUAAGUAAAUAUUUGUGAAGAAUUUUAUAGGCAACAUGCUUUGUCUUUUUCUUGCCAUUUUGUAAACAUUUCUUUUUACACAAGAUAGGUAAUUUCUUAGCAUUUAAACUUUACGUUAAAAUUGUAUACCUUCUCCCACAGCUCUCUCUUUUCAUUAUAAUGUAAAGAUGAGAAAUAACAUAGAGUGCCAAAAUUUAAGUCAUUUCCUAAUGAUUUGGAAAUAGUUCUAGGGCAAUGUGACCGAAUAAUGGAACGUGUUCAAGUUUUAUUGAAUAAGUUAUUUUAUUGUUUUAUUUUAUUUUAAACUCAAUAAGUUACCCAUAUAAGCUUAAUGAAGUUUUAGAGUUAAAACAUGAUAUGUGGAACUUUUAUAUUGUUUGUUUAGGCAACAACUAUAUAUUUCAAUUAAGAAUUUUUUAUUUUUGAUAGCUUUUGAAUUUAUUUGUUUAAAGAUGAAAAUUUUAAGUAUUUUUGUAUUUUAAUAACAACAUGUUUCAAAAGUGUGUUUUUUUCCAAGGUCAUAUAGAUUAGACAUAAUUUUUAAGUAAGAAGUAAAGGUGAACUAUGUUUUCCAAUAAAAGCAUUAAGAAAGCACCCCAGUCAUUAAGCCUUGAACUGCAUUUUGAUUUUUAAAAAUUAUAUAUAUAUAUAUAUAUAUAAGUAAAAUCUCUAACUUGCCGUAUAUAAGCAAAAACGCUAAUUUAAAUUUGCCGAAGCUUUCGGCCUUGCGGCCUUCUUAAUGUUAAUUAUGUUAAUUCAUAAAUGGCAAUAAUUCUUUGUAUUAAAGCACAAUGUAUAAAUCUUAACAAGAAAGGAGUUUGAAGGAAUUUUGAACACAUCUGAACACAAGGCCGAAAGCUACGGCAAAUUUAAAUUAGCGUUUUUGCUUAAAUAUAUAUAUUGUACACUAUUGUUUGUGAUGUUUUGUUGUUUGUUGUUGUUGUUGUUUUUGAUGUUGGGUAUAAGAUCUUAUUUCAUAUUAUUCAUUUACAUGAUAGGUUUAUCAUUCACAUUUACAGCAUUGUUAUGCUCCCCGAAAAAUUUCGGGGGAGCAUUUAGUCGUUGGGUUGUCCGUCCGUCUGUCCCACAGUCAGUGAGUCCGCACUCACAGGACAGUAAUUAUGUGGCUAGAGGGACAAUAGGUAACUGUUCUUUCUCUUUGAUGUCAUUCAUUCCGUAAUGCUUUUAUGUGGCUAUUUUCUUUUGUGUGGCUAAAAAGAGCAAUAGAGAGAACAAUAGAGUAGCCACAUUAUUACUCUCCUAUUAGAACAUCCGUCCGUACAUACGUGCCAGAAUUCGUGUCCGGCCCUUAACUUUGUUAUUUGAAGUCGGAUUUUACAACUUUUUCACAGAAAUGAUCACCAUAUUGAGAUGACGUGUUGCAUCAACAUUUGGGUUGUUUUUACACCUUGAACUUUGUCUGUGACAUAACUCAGACACUACAAGAGGUAUACCUUCCUGUGUCCAAAACCUCUUCGGGGAGCAUCACCCGGUUAAACCGGCUCUUGUUUUUUUUAUCAAAUACUGAUAUAAUUGUUUUCCAUGUUAUUUACAAUAGAGAUGUUAUAAUAACAAUAUGCUUUACAGAUCACUUGAUGUUAUAAUAACAAUAUGCUUUACAGAUCACUUUAUAUCUUGUUAUAUUAUUAUAAAGGACAAGAUGUAAAUUUAUAAAUAGAAAUAUCUCUACUCACUACUAUUAAUUUUGAUAUACAAACUUACUUAUUUUAAGAUUAAUAUUUUCUUUUUCUGAACUCACCAAUUCUAAAUUAAACAUGUAAUGAACUUAAUGAAUUAUAAUAUUUUUAUUGAACUUACUUAUAACUUAAUAACACAUGACUAAAUUUUUGUAUAGGCUUUUAAUUAUUUUCUUAUAUGAACUUACUUAAAGUUACAUUUAAUAAAUUUCAUAAAAAACUAAAUAGCGACAUUUCAUUAAUAAAUUGGGUUUUAUAUCAACUCCAGGUCUUAUUUUGGUGUCCAAACAACCAAAAUGAGUUUUAUUAGCAUAAAAAUAGGUAACCUCAUUGUGGCGAAAUGGGAAGUACACUUUCUGUUUGCAUGAGAAACUCCGCCUUCGGAUCAUCCGUACAUCAAUAUUAAACCAACAAACAUGACUAUAAGUGCCAGUCCUAAUUUAACGGUAUAUUUCCGCAUUGUAACGGAUGUUUUCAUACAAAUUUAAUCUUUUUACGAGAUGAUUACUUUUACUGAACCCCAGGUUUAGUGCACCGUGAAGCUUAAACGGUUAAAGUGUGUUUGCACAAGAAAAUAUCACAUUUGCUAACUAUAAAACUGUGACGUAGCGCAUACACGAGCUAAUUAUAUAGUCUUCAUUUGCAUGUUAAAAUUCGUAUACGAACUUUAGUGUUACCGUGGGGUUUCCCGUUUAAAAUCCUAAUUUAUGAACAAUAUUUGAUGAGAUUUACAACAAAACUUUUAAACAGGUUAAUGAAACUGUAGAAUGUCUGAUUUUUAGGCCGACGGAAAAAUAUUUUUACAUAUUUAUUUAAUGUAACUUUAAACAUAAAUUUUUUUAUGAACAUACUAAUAUUAAUUAGUAAUUUUAUUGUGUUAUAUAAACUUAUAAUAAGUUAUCUGUAAAAAAGAAAUUUUAUAUGAAUUUACAGAAUAAUGAAAACAUAAAUUUAUAAUCUUGCUAUUGGUAACUUUGAUAAAUGAAUUUACUUAAUUAUAGUGUAUUAUGAACUUAUUUUUUGAACUUACUUAUAAUAAGUUAUGAAAAUAUAUAAUCUUGCUUAUAAUAACUUUAUACUAAUUGAAUUUACAAGUUUAAAGUUAAAACUUUACUCAGUAAAGGCAGCAUUAAUGACUUGGUCUUACUUACAGUAAGUUUUAUAACUGUAUUAACUAAACUUACUUACGAUUGUUAUAUAAUUAGUCCCCUACCGGUUUACCGGAGGGGACUUUAGGUUUACCCUCCGUCCGUCUGUCCGUCCGACUGUCUGUCAUUCCGUCAGUCCGUCCGUCCACAAAACUGGAUCCCGCGAUAACUUGAAAAGUACUGAAAAUAUUUUUAUGAAACUUGGUAUAUGGAUAGAUGGCAAUAUGGAGAUUAUGCACGUCUUUUUAUUUUCUUCCUAUGUUGAAAAUUCUGGUUGCUAUGGCAACAAAUAGGCUGAAAAUAUGGCAAAUUUUACACAUAAACUGGAUCCAGUGAUAACGCAAAAAGUACUGGAAAUAUUUUUAUGAAACUUGACAUAUGGGUAAAUGGCAGUCUUGAGAUUAUGCACAUCUGUUUCUUUUCUUCCUAUGUUGAAAAUUCUGGUUGCUAUGGCAACAAAUAGGCUGAAAAUGUGGCAAAUUUUACACAUAAACUGGAUCCAGUGAUAACUCAAAAAGUACUGGAAAUAUUUUUAUGAAACUUGACAUAUGGGUAGAUGGCAGUAUUGAGAUUAUGCACAUCUGUUUCUUUUCUUCCUAUGUUGAAAAUUCUGGUUGCUAUGGCAACAAAUAGGCUGAAAAUAUGGUAAAUUUUACACAUAAACUGGAUCCAGUGAUAACGCAAAAAGUACUGGAAAUAUUUUUAUGAAACUUGACAUAUGGGUAGAUAGCAGUCUUGAGAUUAUGCAUGUCUUAUCUGUUCUUCCUAUUUUCAAAAAAUAUCUGUUGCCUUGGCAACAAAAAGGCUUAAAACAUGGCAAAUAUAACAAUAUUUGUGAUUAGUCAAAAAGAGCUGAAAGUUUUUAUGAAAUUGCAUCUUUAAUCUCCUUUUUAAGAAUUUUGCUUUUAAAAUGUUAUAUUUUGGUAACAGGGAUGUUUGAAAUAUUAACUUUAGAGUGUCCUUCAGACCGUCUGUCUGUCUGUUCAUAAAAACUGUUUCCUGUGAUCACUUUUAAAGAACUUUUCCAACAAAUUUACUUAAAAUAGAGAAAAAUUGAAACAUUAGUGAAUGGCCAAUGGCCCUUCAGAAUGUUGAUGGGGUUCUAACCGGUAGGGGACUUAUGGAUUGCUUGCAAUACUAUGAUAAUUGCUUGUUUUUCUAUAAACUUAUAAAUCAUAACUUACUGAGUUUAAUGGGUUUUUUUACAUUUGUCUCUGUGUGGUAUUUACAGUGGUUUUGGGGAAUCAUAUUAAGUUUGUGUGUCUGUCUGGUUUAUCUGAAAUCUGUAUUUCCCUGAUCAUAAACUAUAUUAACAUAAAUAUACACAAUAUGAAGUAUACACUGAACUUUCUUCCCUCAUGUCAAUAUUAUGCUAAUGAAAGUUUAUUAUAACUCUUCCUGUUUAUGUAUACAUUUUAAACAUUCCAAACUGAACAGUGUCACCUAGGCUUGGCUCAUUUGUGUUGCUUGCAAUACCAGUGGUUAGUUUAAUAAUUAAACUACUGGAACUAGAAGUAACCAAUCUUUGUCAUCAGUCCUGGCUAUUACAGCUCUAUACUGGCUCUCUACUUGUAGCUCAAGUUUACCUUCACAUUCAAAUGGAAUGUUCCAAAUUCAAGGUAGUGAAGAUACAGUAACUAAAUUCAGCAGGUAAAAAAGUUCCGAUGUGUCGGGACCAUAAUUGUGGCCAUCAACAUCAAUAGAUCAUUUAGUAUGUCUGUGAUGAGAUGCAUGGAAAAUAAAUGGUGUUAUAACUUUAUUUGACAUUGUUAUGUAGUGACUGUAUAAUCAUUUAUACUAGUUUUGAUGAUCUUAUAAAUGAGUAUGGAAUGCUUGAUUUAUGUAUCUUAGUUAAUUUGUCAAAUUUUCAAAUAUGCCAAAGUAUAAUUCCUGCAUAAAAUUGUAGCUUGAAACUUUAAAAUUGUUUUGUCUGUUUGUACUCUUUUAAUGUACGUUUUUUAGCUCAACUUUUUUUUUUUUUUGAAAAAAUAAAAAGUAGAGGUAUUGUUAUAGUCCUGGCGGCGUUUUACUUUACCAUUGAUCAUUUCAUUGUAGUAAUAUCCUCCAGCUACUUCUCAUAUGUUUUUGUAAAAUAUAAGCAUAUUUUACAGCAAUUAUAUUGUAAAAUGUUAUUUUCAAACUUUGAGUAAGAAAAGAGAAAUUGUAAAGGCAAUUACAUUUGUGAUUAGUAAAUUACAUCAAUUCUGUAUACUGUCUUUGAAAAUUGAACGGUGCUUGUCUAGAAUUUUAAAUAAUAUACUUAAGCAUUUAUCAACAUGCAUUUGUACAGUUGUUUGAUAUUAGGAAAGCAUACUGUGUUAUUAACAUCAACAUUGAAUGUUAUAUUUUUAGCUCACCUGAGCUAGCUCAGAGUGAGCUUUUAGGAUCGUUGAAAGUCCAUCAUCCAUCCACACUUGUUCGUAAAUGCUCUAGCGGUCACAUUUUUGCCUCAAUCAUCAUCAAACUUUGUCAUGAUGCUUAUCUAGGCUCGGAUGAGUUCGAACAUGGGUCAUCUCGGAUGAAAAACUAGGUCACAGGAGCUAAAAAUAGAAAAACCUUGUUAACACUCUACUGGUCACAUUUUUGACUCAAUCAUCAAACUUGGUCAGGAUGCUUGUUUAGGUAAUUGCUUGGAUGCGUUCGAACAUGGGUCAUCUCGGAUGAAAAACUAGGUCACAGGAGCUAAAAGUAGAAAACCUGGUUAACUCUCUAGUGGCUACUGUUUUGAUCCAAAUAUGGAAAUUGAUCUGAUAGUUUGUUUUGAUUUCUAGGUCAACUUUGAAUAUGGGUCACCUGGGUUCAAAAACUAGGUCACACUGCCCAAAUAUGGAAAAACCUUGUUAACACUCUGGUGGUCACAUUUUUGACUUGAUUAUCAUCAUACUUGGUCAGGAUGCUUGUCUAGGUAAUUGCUUGGAUGAGUUCGAACAUGGGUCAUCUCAAUUGAAAAACUAGGUCACAGGAGCUAAAAAUAGAAAAAUCCUGUUAACACUCUAGCGGUCACAUUUUUGACUCAAUUGUCAUCAAACUUGGUCAGGAUGCUUUUCCAGGUAAUUGCUCGGAUGAGUUCGAACAUGGGUCAUCUCAAUUGAAAAACUAGGUCACAGGAGCUAAAAAUAGAAAAAUCCUGUUAACACUCUAGUCAUGGAAAUUGGUCUGAAAGUUUGUUUUGAUGAUUUCUAGGUUAAGUUCGAAUAUGGGUCACCUGAGGUCAAAAACUAGGUAACACUGCUCAAAUAUGGAUAAUCCUUGUUAACACGCUAGUGGUCAAAUUUUUGACUGACCUGUCAUGAAAUUUGGUCAGAAUGCUUGUCUAGGUAAUUGUUUGCAUGAGUUUGAUGUGUCAGGUGAGCGAUCUAGGGCCAUCUUGGCCCUCUUGUUAUGUGAUUGUUGUUAUAUAUUUCAUUUCACAUUUAUAUAUCACCUGGCAUUGGUAUUAUCUUAUCUUGGUGGAAAGUGGCUUUUCAAUAAUGCACACUACUGAUUAUUAAAGAUUCUGUGUUAAUAUAAGAAGAGAGUACAAUUAAAAUUGUUUUCGUCUUUGAAAUGAGCAACUGAUGAUAUCCACAAUUUGCCUAGCAUGACAUACAUAAUAUCGUACAUGGUUAAAUGACAUUUAUAUGCAUGUGCGAUUAUACCAUGUAACAUUUUUGACAUUUUCUGAAAUAAUAUUUAAAUGUAUUGUUGUUUCGUGUAUCUAUUGUUUUAAUAAUUUGUCAUUAUCUAAAGUACUGUAGGUGUUCCUUCAACAAAUAAACAUGUGUUUCUAUUCUAUUUUCUAGUUUGACAUGUUUUCUUCAAUAAUCAGUACCUCACAAUUUACUUUCACAAUCUGCACAGAUGUAUCAUGUAACCUUUAGCAUAUAUUUAUUAUUUUUCUUUUAUGCACUAAAUUACUAUUUUUUAUAGAUGUGAUUUUAGCACUCCAGAGCACAGAGUGCUCAAGGUGAACAAUUGUGAUCGUCCGUCUGUUCGUACACACGUUUGUUGAAACAACAUGUCCUCCUAAACCACUGAACCCUUGUGGCUGAGUUGUUGAGGCAUCAGAAUUCCAAGGUUUCCUGUUCUAGCGCUAAAUCACCUAAAUUGUGUUGGUGUGCGGUAAAACCAAAUGAAAAUCCUAAACUUUUCAUAAAAACUUCAUAGGAAUUCUCCUUGGGUGAUUCUCUUUCAGUUCUAUCGUUGUUUACCAUGCGUAACUGGUUGUCAUUAUAAUCCAAGGGGAAAACCAUCUUUAAAAAACUGUUAGUCAAAUUAUAUAUUUUUCACAGAAAUGAUCUUUGCACAAGCCUCCAUUAAUUGAAAAAAAAAUACACAUAAAAAGAAAAAUAAGUCUCGGAAAAAGUCACUAAUAAUGAAAAUAAUAAACAGAGUCUGUGAUUUAAUUAAAUGAUUUGCAGACUGGUUUCUUUCAUGAAAAUCGAGCCAAAAGUUACUUAAUAUAUAGAUGUACAAUUAAAGAGAAAUCGAUUAAAGAGAAAUCGAUUAAAAACGUGUCGGUUAAGUCUAUUGGUCAUAUUCGAUACAAGGAUUUUCAAAUAAUUCUGAUCAAUACAAAAAGCGCCAUAGCGAUUGGGUUGUGUCAGCUUCAAAUAUAUAGAGAAAUGUUUGUCAGUCUUUUUGUGUAAACUCUGGUGAGCGACACAGGACUAGUAUAGCCCUUUAUUGUAUAUAUUAUAUGAUCUAGUUUCAAACAUGUUGAAGGGCAAAAGCUAAGUAAGUUAGAAAUAUGACAUUUUAUAAAAAAAAGUUUUACUGACUGUCUUAUAUAAUCAUAUUGAUUUUCAUAAUGUCCAUAUUUUUUUGAAAUUUAGAGAGAAAGCAGGGGUAGGGAUUUUGCUGUACUGUUGUAGUUAUAAAUAUCAUGUAGAUGAUCUGUAUAGAAUAUAUUGCUUUAAUCUGUUUUAUAUGGAAAUAUUUAAACUAAUGGUAUUUAUUUUAAAACAUAAUAUAUUUAAAACAUAAUUGUGAUAUUUAAGAUUUAUUUGUUAUAGAAUUUUCAUGAAUAUUAUUAAUAGAAAAUGAAAUGUUUAUAAAUGUCGUUUUGUACAUCAUGUGGUUAAUGUCAUGUGAAUUGAGAAGUCAAAUUAGUGAUAAAUAAAAACAUUUUGUCCUGUUA